AUGGAUCCCAUCACGUUUUUGCUUUUCAAAAGAGAUGACGACAGCGGUCCAGCGCCUGCCUGUGCCGAUACUAACGAGUACGAUGGUCGUUCCAAUUUGAGAAUCCUUUCCAUCUUUAUAAUUCUGAUCUCAUCGGCGAUGGGUUCGUUCUUCCCCAUUCUGUCGUCAAAAUACUCUUUCAUCCGCUUGCCAGACUGGUGCUUCUUUUUAGCCAAGUUUUUCGGUUCCGGUGUUAUCGUUGCUACCGCGUUUGUGCAUCUGCUACAGCCAGCAAAUGAAGCAUUGACUGACGAGUGUUUAACUGGUACUUUCCAGAGUUAUCCAUGGGCGUUUGGUAUCUGUUUGAUGUCUCUGUUUCUUCUAUUUUUGAUGGAACUGGUCAGUCAUUAUCUGAUUGCCAAAACGUUUGGUCAUGCCGCCCACGAUCAUUCUGACUUUGGGAACUUUGUUAGAAAGGACUCCAAAGAAUUGAUUGAUGAGUCUGAUAGCGAAAGCUUGCACAAGGGAAGUCUCAGAUUUGAAGUCAACUCAAAUUCUGCCCCGGAAGAAGACAUCGAAGAAAACCCUCACACUAUUUUAGGCAACUCGGAUAAAAUGGCGUCUAUGCCUGGGAAGGGCCACUACGACCACGCGGUAUUCCAUCAGGACCCAGCUCAACUAGGAAGUCCCCUUGAGGAGCCGAACAAAGAAAAGUACGCCAACCAAAUUAUGGCGGUACUAUUCUUGGAAUUCGGUAUCUUGUUCCAUUCUGUCUUCAUCGGUCUGUCGUUGGCAGUCGCUGGUGACGAAUUUAAAACACUUUUCAUUGUUCUGGUCUUCCACCAAAUGUUCGAAGGUUUGGGUCUGGGUACUAGAAUUGCAGAAACUAAAUGGCCAGAAAACAGAAGAUUGACACCAUGGAUGUUAGCACUAGGUUUCACGCUUACAACUCCUGUGGCGAUCGCCAUUGGGUUGGGUGUCAGACACUCCUUCAUUCCAGGUUCCAGAAAAGCUCUUGUGUCGAAUGGUGUGUUCGACUCGAUCUCAUCAGGGAUUUUGAUUUACACAGGUCUCGUUGAAUUAAUGGCACAUGAAUUCUUGUACUCGAACCAGUUCAACGGUGCCGACGGAUUCAAGAAGAUGAUCCUUGCGUACGUUAUUAUGUGUUUCGGUGUUGGUUUGAUGGCAUUGUUGGGUAAAUGGGCUUGA